UGACGUUGAAUCUUCACUCAGUUCCCAUUGAAGAUCAGACAAGCUCGAACGCAAUGUUUUUCGAAAGUUUCCUCUUAAACUUAUUCAUACUUCUCGUAUUAAUAUUUGCGUUGAUAUUCGAUUAUGUGACAAAGUUCUUCAGCUAUUGGUACAUACGCCAUGUGCCCUACAAAAUGUCACUCCCCUUUUUCGGAAGCGAUUACCACCGGGUUCUCGGGCUAAGGAGCACGACUGACGAAGUGAAUCAUCUAUACAGCCUUUAUCCCAAAGACAAGUUUGUGGGUUGUAUCAAAAGCAGAAUCCCAGAUUUGAUUGUAAAGGAUCCAGAUGCAGUAAGGAAAAUUCUAUCAACGGAUUUCUCGAAUUUCCAUUGUCGAGGCCUCGGGCUGGACAAAUCCAGGGAUGUUUGUUUACGAAACAAUCUGUUUUAUGCUGAAGGUGAAAAGUGGACUCUACUUCGUAGCAGAUUAGAAUCAGUGUUGAAUAAGAGCGUAGAUAUCCAAGACGGCUUACAUGACUGUUUGUCCGGAAUCAAUGGAGAUACGAACGUUCAACAGUUAUUGUCUGAGUUAUUGGAUAUUGUUUUUAAAGAUUUACUCAUCGGUAAUAAUGUUGAAGGAUCUAUUAUAACAUGUUUGAGGAAGGAGUUUGAACAGCGUACAUUGCAGGAUAAACUGAAAAGUUAUUUGAAAGAUAUAUUCCCUUCCGUAUACGUACUGUUUAAUUUGAGUACACCGUUUUCAAAAUUAUAUAACAAGUACCGGAAUGUAAUAAAAGAUACAAAAUUAUACAACGACGUGAAAAAAGCUGAAAUGAUUUCCCCGUAUGAAGUUAAAAACUCCAAAACAAAACUGAAUAAAGAUUCAGCCGAAGACGAAGCUUUCUCAAUAUUGUCUUUAUUUAUAAGCGAGGGAUAUGCGCCUUGCUUGAAAGUUUUGACUUCUCUCCUAUAUGAAUUGGCUAAACAUCCGCAAAUUCAAGAAAAGGCUAGAAGGAAUAACUCUGCCUUAAAUUCGGCAAUCAAGGAGACAGUAAGACUUCAUCCACCAUACUCAAUAAUUAAUCGCAAAUGUAUGAAGAUGUAUACGUUUACUAAAAACGAUUUUCUAGUUGAUAAAGGACUGACAAUAUCAGUACCAAUAGAAGCUAUUCAUAAAGAUGAAAAUAAUUUCAAAGACGGUCUCUCUUUUAAACCGGAGAGAUUUGAAAACAUUGGAGAAUCCUCAUCCUUUUUACCUUUCGGUUUAGGACCGAGAAAAUGUAUUGGCGAAGAAUUGGCGAUGGAUAUUAUUCAGAAAGUGGCCAACAUUAUUCUGAAGAACUUUAAUAUUGAACCCUGCGAAGCUACUCCUGAGAAACUGCAUGUGGUGGAUUAUAACUUCGCUCGUGUUAUAGACAACGUUGUAUGGUUGCGGUUGAAGCCGAUAUUAUAGGGAUUUGGUAAUAAAAAGCUUUGAAAUUGUUGAUGCUGUUGUUGAAUUCUUGCUCAAUAAGCCCGGUGCAUAGUAAAAAGAGAAAAGUAAGUUAACUUGUGAUUUGUGAUCUGCUGUGAGCGGUCGGUAUUUGUUUAUACAAAAAUUUAAAAUAUCAAUGUGACAUGUGACAACCCUGCGCCUCGCGAGCUAAGCCGUGCGCUCCUAAACGCCGGGAGUUGGCCUACUGCUCUCUUUAUACUAUGCCCGGUGUAUUGGUUACAUUUUGGAGGGUUACAUUUAGAUUUAUGUAUGUUUGUGAUGUUCACUUGUAGAUGGAUUAAGGGAAGGUAUAGUUAACUAAUUUAUUAUACUGAUUUACCAACGUUACUUUAGACUUUUAAGCUAGUUUUAUUAAAGCGGUUUAGUUAAACCGUUUACUUUAAAUAAUUUUCGUAAAUUAAAUCUGUAUUAUUUAACUUACAAAACAAAAAUUUGCAAUGUCUUUUUUUUUAGAUUUUAUACACAAAA